UGACAGAUGACGUCAGGGCUCCCUUGACCACCACCCGCAUUCCGGUGACGUCACCGGCGCGUGCGCGGCGCACCCCCCACCGCCCCCACCCCUGGCGCGGAGCGGAGGAUGCGGGGCCGCAGCUAAGGCGGCACAUCGGUGUUGAGGAGGAUGGAGGCACCCUUGGUGAGCCUGGAGGAGGAGUUUGAGGAGGGGCCCGGGGACGAUGUGGGGACCCUGCAGCGCCCUGCGGACCCAGCGCUGGCUGAGCUGGAGAGCUUCUCGGCUGAGAUGAUGAGCUUCAAGUCGAUGGAGGACCUGGUGCAGGAGUUCGACGAGAAGCUCACCGUCUGCUUCCGCAACUACGACGCUGCCACCGAGGGCCUGGCCCCUGUGCGGGGGCACCUCCAGGCACAGGAGGAGGAGGAGCGCCUCCAGGAUGAGGAGGUCUGGGAUGCUCUCACUGAUGGCUUUGCCCCCCGGAGCUCCCCCCGGCCGUGGCUCCCUGGCACUGAGGCCCCCGAUGGCACCAACCCCCAGCUCGGUGGGAAGGAGGAGGAGGAGGAGGAAGAGGAGCUCACUGAGAGGAGUGAGCAGGACUCGGGCAUCAAUGAAGAGCCGCUGCUGACAGCUGAGCAGGUCAUCGAGGAGCUGGAGGAGCUGAUGCAAAGUUCACCUGACCCUGAGGCUGACCCUGAGGGUGAGGAGGAAGAGGAGGAGGAGGACGAGGAGGAGGACACUGAGGCUGAUGCUGAUGGUGAAGGUGGAGGUGGGGGCACGGAGCCCAUCCUGCUGCGGGAGCUGUGUGCUUUCUCCCCUGCUUUCAACAACAACUGCUCCCACGAAGGGCUGGGCCGGCUGUCGGCGCGGGAGCUGGCAGCAGCAGCGGGCCGGGCCGAGGCGGCGAGCCGGGCGCUGUCGGCGGAGCUGGUGGCACAGCUGGCACGGCGGGACGAGCUGGCCUUCGAGAAGGAGGUGAAGACGGCGUUCAUCGGGGCACUGCUGGCCGUGCAGGGCGAGCAGCGGGAGCAGCGAGAGGCCGCCCGGCGCCGCCGCCGGGACAAGGGGCUGAGCCUGCAAGGGGGGCGUCCCGACCGCGGGAACCACAUGCCCCGGAAGCGCUUCAGCAUGGAGGGCAUCUCCAGCAUCCUGCACUCCGGCCUGCGCCAGACUUUUGGUCCUACCACCACCGAGAAGCAGUACCUGAACACGGUGAUUCCCUAUGAGAAGAAGGGCUCACCGCCCUCCGUUGAGGACCUGCAGAUGCUCACCAACAUCCUGUUCGCCAUGAAGGAGGGGAAUGAGAAGGUGCCCACACUGCUCACAGAUUACAUCCUCAAAGUUCUCUGCCCGACCUGACGUGGCGCUGCCCUCGCACCCCCACCCCGGCGCCCCCCAAAAUGGGGCCAAACCCGAGGAAAACGGGUCGCCCGUGGCUCCCCCCUCCCUGCACUCCUCCCUUUGCACAGCUGGGAAUAAAGGAUUCCUUACAUUAAUUAGGCAA